GGCGGAUCCGCCCGGGCAGCCCCGCCCGGCCCCGCACCUGCCCCCGGUGCCGCCCCGCCGGCGAGUCGGGGCCGAUCCGCCUCGGGAGCUGCUGCCGGAGCCGGCGCCCGCCAUGGGCGCGGGGCGCGGGGGGAUGCGCUGCAUCAAGAUCCUGCUCUUCAUCUUCAACCUGACCUUCUGGCUGGCAGGACUGGCUGUCAUUGCCUUCGGGCUGUGGCUGCGCUUCGGUGGGGCGAUGGCAGACUUUGCUACAGACAAGAAGUCCCCGGAGUAUUUCUUCCUGGGGCUCUACGUGUUGGUGGGAGCAGGGGCCAUCAUGUCUGCAGUUGGAUUUUUCGGGUGCUGUGGAGCAGCGCGGGAGUCUCAGUGCUUGCUUGGAGCAUUCUUUGCUUGCUUGUUGGUGAUAUUUGCAGCUGAGGUCACUGCUGGAGUAUUUGCCUUUCUAGGCAAGAAGGUGGCAAUACAGGAGGCCCAGAAGAUCUAUGAAGAUGCUUAUGAUGAUUAUAUGAAAAACCCAGUGGGGAAGGUCAACAGUACCAUCUAUCGCUACCACGUGGCUCUCCAAUGCUGUGGGAAAGGUAACGUGGAACAACAAGUGGGAUUACCCUGUCCAGAGAAUAUCCAGCUGCCAAAGAACUGCCUGGUUGAAAUUCAGAAUGUAAUUGAUACUAAUCUGCAUUUAGUUGGAAUUGUUGGAAUUGCAAUUGCUGGCAUCACAAUCUUUGGCAUGAUAUUCAGCAUGGUUCUGUGCUGUGCCAUCCGUAACACACGGGACAUGAUCUAAAACUGUCACGGCACAACUGGGUCCCAGGAGUUCCAGACUAAGCUUACAAGAAGUGCUCUUCUACCCAAUUUAAUAAUUGUAAUGCAUUUUAAUCAGUGUUUUAACAUACUGAGAGGAAAAUAUCCCAUUAGGUGAUCAGGUGAAUUGUAUUAGUUGCAGUAAAACUGAAGUGAACAAAAAAAAAAGGGGGUUUAAAAUGUCCUUUUUAAUGAAAAAUGCAAAAGGUUCAUCUAAGACUAAUUUGAUUUUUAAUGUUUGUAUAUGUGCAAUUAAGAGUUUACACUUGUGUAAGCACAUGCAUAUCUGCCCUUACAAAUGUAUAUGCACGUGAGCAGGUCCCUGGAUGUGCAGUACCUUGCCUAGGUAAGUAUGUGCAAAUGGAAUAUGUUGUGUGUGCAUCCAGAGUCUCCCUGUGCAGGAAUCUGCACAUCCCACAGGGACACAGUGCUUGGAACCCUCUCACACUGAGCCCCUGUUUGACAAGAAUUAGCAGAGGAACAAAUGCCACUGUAAAAAGCAAGACCCACGAUCCAUUUUGUAACUGUUCUUUCCAAAGCCCAAACAGAGUAGAAUUAAUAAAAUCGGACUUUAUUUAAAAAUAA